AAAUCACAUAAACACAACUCUCUCCCAAAAUGUCUAUAUUACUCUUAAUGAUACCUCCUCUCAUCCUUGCAUGGUACUUGGCUCAUAGAAGAGGCAAGAAACCACCGGAGCCGACGCUGUGGCCGGUGCUCGGCAUGCUCCCGGCGAUCCUCCUCAACCUCCACCGCUUGCACGACUACGUGACGGAGGUCCUCGCCGCCUGCGGCUGCACCUACCGAAUCGUGGGGUCGCGCCUCUUCAACCUCGACAUGCUCUUCACCUCCGACCCCGCCAACAUCCACCACGUCCUCAGCCGCAACUUCGCCAAUUACCCGAAAGGCCCCGAGUUUCGAAAGAUCUUCGACAUCCUCGGCGAUGGAAUCUUCAGCGCCGACUUCGAGCUAUGGGAGAUUCACCGGAGGACCACCAUAGCCCAGCUCAAGCACGCCGAUUUCAACGAGUUUCUCGAGCGGGCCGUCUGGCAGAAGGUCGAGGACGGGCUAUUCCCCGUCCUCGACCAUUUCUGCGGGGAAAAGGAGGGUUUGGAUUUGCAGGAUGUUUUCCAGCGGUUGGCUUUUGACAACAUAUGCAAGCUCGUGCUUGGGAGCGACCCUUGCUCUUUGCGGGUGGAGUUGCCGUUUUUUCCUUGCGAGAAGGCGUUUCAUGCGGUGGCGGAGCCGCUGCUGCGGCGGCACCUGUUGCCGGAGUGGGUGUGGAAGGUGCAGAGGUGGCUCAACGUGGGCGACGAGAGGAUCAUUGCGGAGGCUGCGGCGGCGUUCGAUGAUUUCAUCUACCCGCGUGUUGUUGGCGGUGGGGAUGAUGCGAAUGUGUUGAGAGCGUUUGAGAAGAUGUAUAAUGAGAGGAAAUCGGUUGCGGGUAGUGCUAGUCUUGGAGGGUUUCUCAAGGAUUCUUCUCUGAGUUUGAUGUUUGCGGGGAGGGACACGACGAGCGCGUGCCUCACGUGGCUCUUCUGGCUCGUCGCGCAAGACCCUUUGUCGGAGAGGAAGAUUCUAGAAGAACUGGAAGCGGAGCUCGGUCUCAAUAAAAAAUGGAGGCCUUUCACUGCGGAGGAGUCGCACAAGCUAGUAUACCUGCACGGGGCUCUAUGCGAGUCGCUGAGGUUGUACCCACCGUUGCCGCUGCAGCAUAAAGCUUCAGUACAACCGGAUAUUCUCCCGAGCGGGCAUCGCCUGGCACGCAACGGGAAGCUCAUCAUGUCAUUCUACUCGGUGGGGAGAAUGGAGAGCGUGUGGGGGAAAGACUGCCUCCAAUUCAAGCCGGAGAGAUGGAUCUGUCCGAGCGGGAAGAUCAAGCACGAGCCAUCAUACAAGUUUCCAGCGUUCAACGCGGGGCCGAGGACGUGCGUGGGGAAGGACAUGGCGUUCAUACAGAUGAAGAUGGUGGCGGCGGCGAUACUGUACGGAUACAAGGUCAGAUUGGUGGAGGGGCACAAGGUUUCACCUCGUGAUUCUAUCCUUUUACAUGCUAAGGAAGGUUUGAAGGUGUUGUUGUGUAAGAGAAAUUGAUUGGAUGAUUGCAAUAAUCUCUCUUUCUAUUUGUGCAAUAAUAUGUAGUACUAUCACACUUAUAAGAGAUCAACUUGAUUGGAUCAAUGAUUGUAUUAAUCUUCUUUUUAUAUGUAUUUUCUUAUUUUCUA